GAAAUCGGAAGCAGACCGCUGGGUGAUGAGUUAAACGUGUGCGUGCAGUACAGAGGGAUGUUUCAUAAGUAGAAUGAAUUUUAAUGUUGCAAUUUAAUUAAAAGGACUAGCUAACUUACACUAUGUCCCUAGAAGACGGUAAAAAAUUGGAACUGCUGCAGAUAAUUUACAAUUAUCUUAGCAAAAACGGUUAUCACAAAGCAGCUAAGAAGCUUAAACUGCCCAGCAGCCAGCCCCUCCCAUUUGAGCACGUGGUAUCUCUGCAGGACAUCUACUCGUUCUGGGCAAAAGCUCCUGAAAAUGUUAAAAAAAGAAAGUCAAAGGAAGGUGAUCAUUCACCAAGCAAGAAAGCUCAUGUGUGUGAUCCCAGAAGCAGCUCUGAGACCUUGGAGGAUGAGGAACAGGAGAAGGACACUGCACAUACUAAGAAGACCUCAAAGGAAGGUGCCAGGGUUUUUGGGAAAACCACACCCACUCAAGAUUUGGGGAAGAAAUUGAAACAGAGCAGUAAGGCAUCAGAUGCAGACUCCUCUUCGGAAGAUGAUCUAUCUGAAAAGGUAAAAGUUUCAGCUUCAGAUGCCAAACCUGUUUCAUUAAAAUCAUCUCCAGCCUCCACCUCCAAAACUACUUUGAAAAAAUCUACCCCACCAAAGGUUUCCACCGUAGCCUCCAGCAAGUCUGGUUUAUUUGCUAAAACCUCCAACGUUCCUGUAAAAAAGCCUACUGAGUGCAGUAAGAAGGCGGAAAGCUCCGAGAGUGAUAGCAGCGAUUCAGAAAGUGAAGAGGAAGCACAAGCAGUUAAAGGGGCUGGAUCCACAGGAACCAAAAUAAAGCCUAUUGGCAUGUUAAAAGGCAGUAGUGUGACAGAAUCCUUUGAGUCACCAGUCAGAACAACGCCUGGCCUGAGUAAAGUCUCUUCUUCUGCAAAACAGAUAAAUCUUAUAACAAAAAAGAAAGGAGAGACUCAGAGAAGUGAAUCUUUGGAGAGUGAAGAUGAGCGGCUAGCAUGGAACAUUUCGUCUAUACCAAAGCUCGAUUUACAGUCAAGAACACCAAAUAAAGAAGUCAACAGCAAUUUGGUGGCAAAAAGUCUUUCUUUCCUGCCCACCCCAAAACAAGCUACGCAAACUCAAACAGCACUGAAGAGUACAGAGAAAAAGAAGAAAAGCUCCAAAACAGAUGCCAGCAAUUCUUCAAAAAGUGAUGACAACUCGCCAGUAAAAAAAUGUUUGUCUGUGUCAAAGGGAGAAACCCUUGUGGAGUCUUCGCCUAAACAAGUCUGUAUUAAAAAGACCCAAUUGGUUUCAGGCAAAUCUGCGAAACCAAGUCCUGUGCAGGCAAGUGAUGAAGGUAGCUCUGAUAGUGAUAGCAGUAGCUCUUCACAAAGUUCCCAAAAAUUUUUAGGUAAUUCAAAAGCCAGUUCUUAUCCUGAAAUUAAUACUAAACAGAGCUCUGCUAAGAAAGCAACAUUUGACACACCUACUAAACAAAGCCCCAGUCUGACAAAAACGCCCCUAAAAACUGCUGUGGUGAAAAAUGGAGACAGUUCAGAUAGUGACAGUAAUGAUGAAUCCAGUAGUGAAAUUGAGACGCCAUUACAAUUAUUAAAUAAACCGUCAAACAGCAAAAUAAAAGGAAAAAAUGCUGCUUCUUUAGCCUCAAAAACAUGUACUCCAAAUCUAUCCCAGACGUCUGAGAAGACGGCAGGCAGAGGCAGGAAGAAAGAGCAAGAAGAGGAAAAAGGCUCGGACAGUGACAGCAGCAACUCCUCGGACAGUAUUACAAAGCUGUCCCUGCAGACGUUAAUUACUCCUUCAAAAGCCAGGUUCGAGUCUAAAACAGCAGCAUACACUAAAACAACCCAUGAUGCAACUCUUAACAACUUUAAAAAAGCAAUGCCGAAUCAGGCCAAGAAUCCUGUGAAAGUGCCUAUGGCCAAAGAAAAGCCUGAUAGAUCCGAUAGCAAGACCAGUGAGUCAGACGAGAGCAGCAUUGAUGAAUCUGCAGCCCGAAAUGUUUUUAUACCAGCGUUAAACGUCAGCCCCUCAACCCCUGCUUCUGAGGUAAAACAGAGCCGCUCAGGAAGUGUUUCUAAAUUGACAGCCUCUGAAUCAAACAGUGACAGUGAUGACCCAAGCAAGGAAGAUGAAAACUCCCAGAUGUUACUUCAGUCAGAAGUAAAAUCUGCCACUCAGGUUUUGAAAAUUCAUUCAAAAACUUUAAAGAGUGUCCAACCUUCCCCAAGAAGCGAUUCAAAGGUAACACAAGCAAAGACGCUGAAUGCAAACCAGGCCAGAGCUGUUACGAAGAUUACAUCUAAAAACAAGACUGUUGCAAAAUCUGCUGGUACAAAGAAUGUGGACUUGUUUACCACUGCAGAAUGUGAAAGGAAUUCUGGGAGUGAUGACUUUCAAGAACUGUACAGUGAGUCUCCACAGGUUCUGCAGGAAAAGCGAGAAUUGGUUGCAAGAAUCCUGAAGCAGCAUAAGAUGGAAAUUAAGGCUCUGCAUUCAAAGGAUAAAAAAACAAAAGCCAGUGUUGCCCACACAGCAAUCAAAAAUAAACUGUCUGCCAAGCCUGCAAGGCCACUGGAGAAGAAUGGCAACGGCUCUGUAAGCGACAGCAUCAUCACUGACAUCAAAAAAGUUGCAACACCAAAAAGGACAUACUCAGAUAGUGACUCAUCGGAAGACAACGUUUUCCCAUCAACUCCACUUCCCGUGACACAGAAGUCGCACAUAAAGGUAACCAAAAAGAAACUGCCUUCAAAAAAAGGGAACAACCUUGUUAAAAUAAAUGACAGCGGAGCUAAAAAGGAUCUUUCUGUCCAGGAAAGAGCCUCUUUUGUGAAGAGCCAGCUAUCAACUGACAAUGACUCUGAGCAUGUUGAAACCAAAAAGAACAAAAAAGAAGCAUCUCAGUUUAGGCCAUCAAAAGAGUCCUCACUGGAGGAAGUAAGGGAGAGGAAAAGAAAGGCACCUGCUUCAUCCAAUGAAAAAAAAUCUUCAGGGAAAAAAGACAAGAAAGGCAAAGAUAAGACUGAUAAGACUUCAAAGCUGGUCAAGAAGUUAAAGCCCAGUCCUGCUGCAGAAAAGGAAAGAGUGGUACUAUCCAGAGAGAGUGACUUAUCUGACGAGAGUGAUUUUGAGUCAACCCCUACCACCAUCACACAGAAAUCAAGCACGAAGAAAUCAGAAAAGAAACUACUGAUAAAGAAACGAGGAGAUGUUGAUAAUGCAAAUGGAAACAGGACUAAAAAAUGUAUAUCUGUACAGGAGUUAUUGUCUUUAGGUAACCACCAACUGUCAUAUUCUAAUAGUGAUUCAGAUGAUGCAGAAGAUACUACUGCCAUCAAAGCACUCUUGGGUAAGAAGGCAGCUUCAGUAGCAAAGCCCAUUGAAGAGUCCUCAUUUGAUGAAGGGGAAGAGAGUGCUCCUUCAGGGGUGAAGAAGUCUUCAGGGAAAAAAGAAAAGAAAGAUAAAGAGGAGACAGAGAAGAAGCCAAAGCUGGCUAAGACACUACAGCUGAUGAAUGAUGAUACAUCUUCCAUAACGCAUUCAUCAAAAAAGUCAAGUCCUGCUCCAGAAAAGGAAGAAAGUGUCCUGUCUAAAAAAAAAAUUAAGAAGAAAAAAAAGAUAAAGGCAACACCUUACCCUUCUGCUCCGAGAGUGGUACAUGACUCGCCUGCUUUAGUAGGUGCUAGUCCUGUACUUAGCCUGGGAAAACAUAAAAAGAAAAAGAAAUCCUCAAAGAGCAAAUUGGAGGACUCCAUUUAAUUUCACUUGCAGGUACAAUUGUGAUAUGUGAUUGCAACUUUGGCUGUGACAGAAGCCUCAAACAUUAUCACUCUAUUUUGUAAUGUUUUAUUUUAUUUUAUAUGUGGUAAUACUUUUCACAGGUGAAGAUUUAAAACAUGUUAAAAUGUAUCUGUUUCAUUUUAAUAUCUUGAUACUUUUGUUAAUAUUUACCAAAUGUUAUGUACAUUUGUUACAUUAGACAUUAUUAUGAAAUGUCAAAAUCUGUAGAUUUGUGCUAAAAAGUGCCUUCGUAUCAAUUUUACAUCAUGUAUGUAACAUCAUGAGUUUGUCAAAAGAUUAUAGUCAAGAUGUAUUUAACAAAGUUGUCAUUGUCUAUUUUUAUAAAUAUGUUAAUAAAUAUGGUACUUUGGUUAAUACAUUUUGAUCUGUGGUGGCCUUGUGCCCCUUGCCUUAUAUGCUUUGCUCAGGAAUCCAGACUAGAAAGAAGCAGGCAUAGAAAGUGGACAGACGUUACAAAGGGCCACAUCAGAGAGCUUUGGCCGCAGUUUGUUUUGUCUUCUGGGUGGACUUGGCAUGUUCCUCUGUUUGUGUGUAUGAAUUGGCUGCAAGUACAGUACUCGGAUUGUUUUCUUCCAUGACUGUAAGGCAUAUUGCCAGGUCAUUAUUUUAUUUUAUUUUUAUUUUUUAUGACUUGGUGUGAGUGGGUGGAUAGAUGGAAGAAGUUACUGAAUUGACAUUUGGAGUUGCUAAUGUAAGGUGUAUAUUUGAGACUUCCACAUCUCAAUAUUUAAAGCAUGUAUUGUAUGUAGCUAGGGCAGGGGUCUCCAACCUGUUUUCCCCUGAGAGCGAGCUACUUUUACAAAAUAAAAAUGGCUGAUAGCUACUCCUGCCUUCUAACGUUUAUUCUCAUAGCUUAUUUCAACCCAAACAAACUGAAUACGCUUGAUUUGCCUGAACAUUUACAAAAUGUUGGUGUCCACAACUCACAUUUUGCAUUAAAACGUCACAAAAAGUAUAUAGUUCCCCUGCAAGUGCAUUUUGUAUGUCUGUAUGCAUUUUCUAGUGUAUCUCACACUAUUGAAUUAAAACAUGAGUGCUGUCAAAACCAAACAACGCAAUUCCAAAUACACAGAUACGACUUAGUCAUCUGUCAUUUUGUUUUAUGUUACUGUCUCACUUUAUUCACAUGUUCAGUUGCACGUGUGAUGUGUUUUUGAGUUAGUCAGGUGACUGGCACUGUAUGGAGUCAACAAGAGAGGCAGGUGGAUGGUGGAGUGGAGCCACUGAGGUUCACUCUUAUCGAGUCAUUUCAAUAUUCGUCUAUCAGUUUUGUUCUGAACUUUGAUUUCAUGACAUUAAUGUCAGGCUCACAGAGGUAUGGAGACCCAAACAAAGCAGACAUUUUCAGAGCUGCUUAGUGAAGAUUCGUAUAGUUUUCUGGCUCUGCUAAGCUCCAGAAAUACUGAGAAUGCUGUUGAAACUUUAACUGCACAUUAUUUUGAAGGUUUACUAAUAUAUAAUACAUAAAAUCCAAUGUCUCUCUGUCUGUAUGUCUGUCCACUUUUCAUAAUAGAACUACUUAAUGAAUUCAGAUCGGGUUAUUUUCUAUAAUUUGUUUGAACAUUCCGGCUGAUUUUACGACUUCUCUCAUUUCGCUAUGUAUCGUACAUAGUUCGCUUGCAGUACCAAUUUAGUUGCGCGAAUUCGAGAUCCACACAGCGGGCUGAGGGGAGAGGCCUUCCUCACUCACUCGCCAGCUUCGGGGCAUAUUCCUUAACUCCACUUAGCUAGCGAACAAGAGAACCAUUGAAUUCAACUUUGUUUGAUAUAUAAAAUAAAGUAUUACUUAGAUCUUGAUGAGAUUGAGUUCAGAUAUUCUCCUAAGUGUAUACCACAUUGAAAAGAUAGAUUGCAAUUCAGAUUGUGGAUCGUGAUUUUGUGUUAAAAGGAUCAUGAUAUGAUUUUUUUGGAAAGAUCGCCCACCCCUAAUUUGACUAAUCAAGUUUUCAAAUUUAUGUAGGAUUCAUUAACCCUUUGGCGAGCUACUUGGAAAGGGGUUGUGAGCUAACGGGGUAGCUCUCGAGCGAUGUGUUGAAGACCCCUGAUAAGAUUAGAUGUUGCCCUAGCUACAUAUUGCUUUAAAUAUAUAUCAUCCUCUACAUCUUCUACCCCUGUUUCAUUCCUAGCCUGAUUCUUACCCCUCUCAAUGGAACUGUUUGAAUGAGAUGAUCGUGUUCUGUAUUAUCUUAUUAGUGUGUCCUGCUUUUCAGCAGUGUGUGAUGGUUUGUUUGUUUUUUCUUAAUCUCCCAAGAUCUGGCUUUUAGCAUAACUGCUGAGUGUUCAGUGCAUAUUCAGCUUUGUAAAAUUAUCAGUUGUGUAUGUCCAGAUCCUCACUGUACAAGAGGUUCAUGCUUUCUACAUUUGAUAUGUGGCAAGUAAACUCAGGGCUUUAGAACUUUGUGCAUAUGCUAAAGGCUAUACAUCAGCCUUUUUUUAAAAUGAUUCCAUUCAACAUGUUAUCUCUUAUCCUACUGUGCCUUUGUGUCUUUACUACUAUUUUUCACUUGGAAAAUUACACAAAAUUGUUGAAACAAUUAUUGUGGGGGUCAUAUUUUUGCAUCACCAAUUUGAUAUUAGAUACUAGUUCCUUCAAUAUAAUAAUAGAUCAUGUUAGAACAGUGCCAUAAUUCCCUCCAAGUCUCUCAUCUGUGUUCUUGAAUCUGGCAUUUUAUAGUUUCUCAUUAUGCCAAGAUGCUGAUACUCAACUCUUUCCACUGGCUUCCAACUGCAGAAGGCGCUGGAUUAAAAUCUUUGAUGUUGGCUAACACUGAAUUAAAAUCUCCAGUGUUGGUAUACUGAGCAGUAAGGAGAUCUGACUUGGUGUACCUCAAGACUACUUACGUCUGCACUGGUUGGCUGAGGAUGGCGCUGUUGAGGCCGAGAAAAUGCACCGCAUAUGAGCAACUUCUUAGCCCUAGCCAACCAAGGUGACAGAACAUCAGAAUUGUGAAUUCCAUCUCCGGUUUUCAAAAGGGACUGACGCUUCCACCUCUUCAGACUCAGCCUCCGGAACCUUACACCCUGAUUACUUGACUCUGUGCCUUAACCUUUUGUCAGACUUUAUAUAAUGCACUAGCCAUCAUCUUUGAACAUGUGAAUUUUUUGUGUUGUUUUAGCUGUGAUUUAUAUUUAAUUUGUCAUGUAAAUGCUCACUUGCGCUUACAGAUUAAUUUUGAUAAAAUACAUGAUUUAGUGCU